AUACAAUAUAAAUUUUAUAUGUUUUGGAUAUAUUUUAUAACAAGGUAAAAGUUACGUUUAUUCUCAACUACCAAAGUUUACACGAGUGAUAUGAUCAUAUGAUUAAGUGGAGAAGAAACGUAUUGAGAGUAAUAGAAAGGAAAAAAAAAUUGAGAGGCAGAAAAUAUAGAUAUUUUCCAAUAGUAAUAAUAGUGGUAGUAUGAUAUGGGGAAUGUUUUUUAUAUUAAGACAAAAAAAACUAGUCGAUCUACAGUCCUUUAACUAAUUAAGACAAAAUAUGUUUUUUACAUCAAACAUUUUUUAUUUUUGUAGUAGAGAAAUUGUAGAUAGAUAUAUAUUUAUGCUAAAUUGUGCAUAGUGUCGACACCGUAACAAAGAAAUACACGAAAUGAUAAAACAAAAAUAUUAUGACUCACACCAAUUAAAUCUUAAGAGAUAAAAAAUGAUAAAAUAGUUCAAUAGUAGUAAAACAAAUUGCACUAAACGCAAUUUAUGUUCGUGUAUUUUGAUUAUGAAUUUGGUUAGACCAAGACCAAAACAUUUCUUUCCCCGAUAGACUGAAUUAAAACUUUGGCAUUGGUCCUAGUUCCUAAGUGAACGUUGCGAAUAUAAAGUUCUACAGUCAACAUCAAUCACGCCUUGUAGUUGUAGAUAGAUUCUUCGCAUUUACACCUUAAGAGCCGAUCAGCAAACGGCAAAAUUGUCGUCGUUUUUACCACAAGACCAUUAAAUGCCCUACGUACGCCUAUAAAUCUAAAGCUCAAAGCACCCAUAAGUCUACAAAUCCAAAGAAAAAACCAUAAUUUCUAAGAAAGCUAAGGAAGCAGAGCGAGAGAUAACUAAUGCCCGAGAAUGAAGAAGUGAAGCUUUUGGGGCUAUGGGCGAGCCCUUUUAGCCGUCGGAUCGAGAUGGCUCUCAAACUCAAAGGUAUAAAGUACGAUUACGUGGAAGAGAACUUGGCGAACAAAAGCUCUUUGCUUCUUGCUCUAAACCCUAUUCACAAGAAGGUGCCUGUUCUUGUUCAUAAUGGUAAAACUAUUCUUGAGUCUCAUGUGAUUCUUGAAUACAUCGAUGAGACUUGGCCACAUAAUCCAAUUCUCCCUCAAGAUCCUUACGAAAGAUCCAAAGCUCGGUUCUUUGCUAAACUCAUUAAUAUUAGGGGUUUUUUAAAUGUUGGUUUUGUAUCAAUGGCGAAAGCGGAUGAGAAAGGAAGAGAUGUUUUGGCUGAGCAGGCAAGAGAACUGAUUAUGUAUCUUGAGAAAGAACUUGUCGGAAAAGAUUACUUCGGAGGCAAGAGUGUCGGAUUCUUGGAUUUGGUCGCCGGAAGUCUGAUACCGUUUUGUUUGGAGAGAGGUUGGGAAGGAAUAGGACUGGAAGUGACCACAGAAGAGAAGUUUCCAGAAUACAAGAGAUGGGUCAAGAAUCUUGAGAAGGUUGAGAUUGUGAGAGAUUGUAUUCCACCGAGAAAGGAACAUGUUGAACACAUGAACAAUGUGACACAGAGAGUAAGAUCUUCUUAAGGAAACAAAUAAUCUUUCUAUGUCCUUGAUCAUCCGAGUGUUGUACUUUG